AUGCAUAGCUCGUUGGGACGCUUUUGGACCGCCUUGACGCGUAAGAAGCAGAAAGAAGUCGAUGAAUCGGCGUCACCAUUGGCGCGUGUUCUGACGCUGUUCGAUCUUACCGCUCUCGGUGUCGGCGGUACCCUCGGAUUGGGCGUGUAUGUGCUGGCCGGAUCGGUUGCCCGUGAUCAGGCCGGUCCAGCCGUCAUCAUUUCGUUCCUGGUAGCUGCCUUCGCCUCGGCCAUUGCUGGUCUGUGCUACGCCGAAUUUGCUGCCCGCUUUCCGAAGGCUGGCUCGGCUUACGUUUACUGCUAUGUUAGUAUUGGCGAGUUCACUGCGUUCACGAUCGGUUGGAACUUGGUUCUGGAAUAUGUUAUCGGAACGUCGAGUGUGGCACGUGGUAUGGCCGGUUACAUAGACUUGCUGGUCGACAAAAAGAUCAGCAACGCGAUCCGUAGUGUUAUGCCUAUGCACGUCGACUUCCUGUCCGAUUAUCCGGACAUGUUCUCCUUCGCCUUGGUGAUGAUACUGGCCUGUCUGCUAGCAUACGGUGUGAAGGAGUCGACGCUCAUGAACAACGUUUUCACCAUCAUUAACCUGAUCGUGAUCGUUAUCAUGCUGGUGGCGGGCGGUAUGAAGUGUGAUCCGGGCAACUGGGCCAUCAAGCCGGAAGACAUUCCGGCCGGUGUUAACGGUGGACUCGGUGGCUUCGCCCCGUUCGGUUUCGCCGGCAUUAUGGCCGGUGCGGCCAAGUGUUUCUACGGAUUCGUCGGGUUCGAUUGUGUCGCGACGACGGGCGAGGAAGCGCAGAACCCAACGCGCAACAUUCCGCUCGCGAUCGUCACUUCGCUGAUCAUCAUCUUUCUGUCGUACUUCGGUGUGUCGGCCGUGUUGACGAUGGCCUUGCCGUACUAUCUUCAGGACGCGGAUGCACCGUUCCCGCAUCUGUUCGAAUUGCUCGGCUGGACGACGAUCAAGUGGUUCUGUUCGCUCGGUGCAAUCCUUUCUCUGAGCACCAGCCUGCUUGGCAGUCUGUUCCCGCUGCCCCGUGUGCUGUACGCAAUGGCCUCCGACGGUAUCAUCUACAAGAAGCUACAGACGGUGCAUCCGAAAACACAGACACCGGUGAUCGCUACGAUGCUAUCGGGCCUGUUUGCAGCGACCAUGGCGGCCGUGUUCAAUCUACAACAGCUGAUCGACAUGAUGUCAAUCGGAACGUUGCUAGCGUACACGAUCGUGUCGGUGAGCGUGCUGGUGUUGCGUUACCAGGCGCAAGAGCUGAUGACCACCACGGACUUCAGUGUGACCGUACCGGAAGUGCUCCGUCAGUUCGUCAAUCGAUCGGCCCUCAAGGAUCCGACUCAUCUUUCGUCCGCCAUCGUUAAGUUCAGCGUUUGCAUCUUCGCGUUUUUCGUCUGCUGCACUUGCAUUGUUCUGGUUCCGGCGGAGAGCUACGUCAACGGUGAUUAUCCGGGUGUGAUCGCUGGGUUGAUCAUCAUGGUGGCCCUUAUGGUUGCGGCGUACGUCGUCAUAUCGCUCCAGCCAACCGACAAAGUGAAGCUAACGUUCAAAGUGCCGCUAGUGCCGCUGCUGCCACUAAUCAGCGUGUUCAGCAAUGUGUACCUGAUGUUCCAGCUCGAUUCCGGCACCUGGGUUCGGUUUGGCAUAUGGAUCACAAUCGGGUAUUUCAUCUACUUUACGUACGGCAUCCGUCACUCGGUCGAGGGUGAGCGUUUGCUGGCCAAGUCGCAGCUAGCGGAUGGCAAAGCAGUUAGCGCGCCCACCGGUAUCGAUAAUGCGGGAUACGAUGAGGAGAAGAAGGUGGGCUUCCCCAUUCCUUCGUACACGAUAUCAAACAAAUCGUAGAACGAAGCGAAUACCUUCUCACUUGCCUGUGUUUUUAUGACAUAAGAUCAGAAUGCUUGCAGUACAAGCAUUCUCAAUAUCCUUCAUUCGAUGAUCAACUCCUACCGUGUUCGUGUUCAAAAUUGUUAUGGUGCAAAGCGACAAGUUGAACCGAGCAUGUAUCGAUCUAACUAGA